UCUGGUUCCAAUAGGUUAAUAUCAAAUGUUUACGUUUCUUGGUUUUCAUUAACUACCUAUCAGAUUUACUUGUGUCAAACGUUCGUUCAUAUACGUUUACAGUUUUUCAGAGGUCAACGGAUUUGAAUUGUUAAUUACUGGUUAUUGUACGCUUUCAUUGGAAUUAUAUUCUGCAGAUUUGAUAGAGAUGGCUAGAAGAAAGAGUCUUAAUAGACGAUCUCUAAAACGACGAUCAAGUAAUGUUUCCGGUAUUCUUGGAGAUUCUAAUGUAUUCGGAGAAGAAGAAUCGGACUGGUGGCAAAAUCUAGACAAUGAAACCGUACAACCAAGCCAGUCGGUUUUAUUCGGCCAUUUGGAAAAUACCACGAGCAACUUACAGGCUGAUUCGGCAGUUGAAGCGUCCUUGUCCGAUAAGGAAUGGUGGACACAUUUAAAUAAAUCAGAUCAAACUUUUCAUAAGGCUAUUUUUACAAAAAGAACUAGCAUUGGCUCAGCUACAAAAUUAAAUCAACAGUUACUAUCAUCCGAGUCUGAAACUGAAAUAUCUAGAGAGGUAAAGAAACGAAAACAUGCUUUCAAAGUUCGUUCAAGAAUGCUUCGCCAAAAGAAAUCCUUACGCAACACACUAGAUAAAUCUGGAACUGCAGCUGAAUCUGAACCAGUUCCUAUAAGGGAAAAAAAAUUAAAACAAUUUGAAAGUCCAUUUUGGUCGGAUGAAGGAACAACAAGAAAGUCAAGAAUGCACAAAUCUGAUUAUAGUGGUACUCCCUUACAUGGUGCAAGUCAUAAAGCUGAAAGUUCAGUAAAUAGUAGUAAAACCGAGAACGUAAGCGAAAUCGUUAAAUAUAAACGUACUUUAUUAAAACAAAAACAUAAUUUAGGGAAAAAUAUUCCUGAUGUAAUGAAAAACGAGAAACUCACAAGAACUCUACAGCAUUCACUGCACACUAAUAAUUCAUUAACCAAUCUCGAUUCAUCAAGAAGUUCACAAGAAGAAUCUAAUAAAAAUGAAAAUUUUGGUGUUAAGAAGGCUAACGAUCUGAAAUCAAGAUUUACUCUCUUGAAGAAACGACACAAAAAUUCUAAGAAAAAUGCUUUUGAUGUUGUACUGGAAGAUGAAUCGUUAAAUCAACAAAAGAGCCCUUCUCCUUUAAAUCACAAAUCAAUAGAUUUACAAAAGGAGUCUAGUGAUACAAACGAAAGUUCUAUCUCAAUUUCAAAUCAAAUAAUUAAAUCAAGGUUUGCUGUUCUAAAACGAAAGAAAAGAAGUUUAGGAACUAGUAAAUUCAAAGAUGCAUUCGCAGAUAAAAGUAUUGAGAAAUCUAAAGAUGAAUCUAAUUUCAUUGAACAAAACGAUGAUAAUAUUGAAAUAGUCAAUCAAAGUGUUCAGCGGGGAACUGAAAUGGAGGCAGAAAACAGGGAGUCUUCCAGAGUUACGACACCUCUUAUGGCUUCUGAAUUAUAUAGUUCAAAAAUUGACACAAUCCCUGAAAAGGCAGUCAGAGCGGAGUACGAUUUAAGUCCAAUCAAGGAAAACACUGAGAAUAGCCAUACGAUCAAUAUUGGUAGACAUUCGGAUAAGAGGCAAAGUAAUACAACAUUAAAAGCGGUUUCACUAAGAUCUUCCACUGGACACAAGCCUGAUAAAAUUGAGACCAUUCAACCAAAUGACUCAAAACUUAAUAGAAUCACAAAGAGAUCAAUGAGAUCUAGACAAGAGAUGUCAUCUUUAGUUCCCGAAAACAGUGCUAUGAUCGAUAAUGUUAAUAUUAGUGAUCAUAGUCAGCAUCUGUAUAAGGGGCAAAGCAGAGACACGUUGAAAAGUAAUUCUCCCUAUGUCUCAGAUUAUCAACCAAGUAUUAGCAAAAAAAUGAGCACCAAUAUUGACACACUGCAUCACCCUUCCCUUCAUGAAAAUGAAGAUUCCAAUGUAAUCAGUGAAGAUGAAGAAUUACAAUUACAUUUUGAUCAUAGAAAAUCAACCGCAACUACAAGUACGAUUAGAGAUGAUAACACAAAGAAUAUAAGACGAACUACUGAUGGCAAUACCUCUACACUAAAGAAACAUGAAUCCAUUGAAUCUAUUGAUGCAGAUGAGAUCGGUGGUGGAGCAGAUUCGGAGCAUAGAAGUAGUUCUGAAAUAGUCCUACAAAUGUCACACAGUGAAAACCUGGAGGAUGUAGACCCCAAGAUCAGAAAACUCAAUAAGAACAUCAGCAAUGGUACUAGUACUCCCAGUAGCAAAACACUCACAUUACAAACCGUUCCAAGUCCUGAUUUAAUACGCAAAUCUAAAAGCUUAAAUAAAGAUAAAAGCUCCAUGAUGAAUGUUGAUUGUCCAAUUGUUGAAACUGCAAACGAAUCAAUGGAGAGUGAAACACAGAUUGAAAAAACACUGACUCGUAAAGUGUCAGAACUUAAACGACAUACAAGCGAUAACAAAGUUCCUAGAGUCCAUUUAACAAGAAUAGAGUCUGUCGCGAAUGUUACGAAAAAGCCCAAGAAAGUAAGUCUUCGCAGUUCACAACGUAACAUUUUAGACAUGUUUAAGAACCAGUCUAUAACCGGAGCCAAUACGUGGCAGGGUUCGCAGUCGUGUAAAGAUGUUUUUCAAGACCCUGAGAAAAUGAAGGUGAUCACGGCGAAAGUAGAAGAGAUCAAGAAAAAAGCUUUGGAAGAUUUAAAUCGGAAUCGGAUGGAAGCUCACGAGGCCGUAAAAAAGCUUGCGAAACUGGUAAAACCGAAAAAAAAGGAACCAUCGUUAAAACCGAAGGCGAGUGAUCCGCUUAAACUGGUCGAUAAGGCAUACAUAGUGGACGGCAAAUUGUACAAAAGGCCUAAAUUACCAAGACCGAAGCCCUGGGUUACGGAUCGUUUGUAUAAAUUUCUAUGGAAACGUAUGGAGCCAAGGUACAAGCUUGAAACUCGGAUAAAGUCGGAAAGGUUCAUCGUUAACUUGUCAGAGGUCGUGAGUCUUACUAUCAGGCGUAAGCUGUAUCGAAAUUAUGCAAGUGAGAUCGAUGCUUUGAUGAAGUACAUGGCUCGUCUAGGAAUCAUUGAAACUCGUAACGACUUUUAUCACUUUUGCUAUGAAUUCCUUCCGUAUGAUUUUCGAGUUAAGGCAACGCCUAUGUUAUUACCAGGUAAUGUUGAAAGUAUUCCUUACAAUCCGGCGUUGUUGCACAAGCCAAUUCUUGAAUGCAUUUAAUAACUACAAGAUUCAUUAGACAUUUUCGCGAUGGGAUCAUAUCUUAAAUAUUACAUAACUCUAAUAUAUUACUCUGCCGGAUGUACGUCCACUUAGCGCUUAAGGAUUGCGUAAACGUUGGAAACGAUACGUUUUCAAAGCCGCUGUUAGAUAUAUUUAUUUUUGUAAAAUAUUAAAAUUAAGGCUAACGAGAUAAUGAAGUUUCAUAAUAAAACGAAGGAUUACAUAUUAA